AUGCGGCCUCUCAGCGUGUUGCAGAGUGUUGGCCUCUCCCUUUUAGCCUCACAGUAUCUGGUUGUCCCAGCAUCUGCGGAAUAUGUGAACGCAACAUGGCCGCCGGCACAUUAUUCCUGGGUCGUCACCAGCGAUGGAUUCAAGAACCAGAGUCAGGAGGCGCAGUUUCAAAGCGAGAGCUACUCGGGGCAUUUCUGUCGUGACCGCAAGAUCCCAGCCGGAGUCCAGAGGGUACUCUUUCCGACAGUACGUGGUAAAUUGGGGUUUAAUGCAACGCGAAGCGAUGCCAACAACUGGAUGGUUAGCUUGGUGUUUGAUGAUCUGCGGAAACAGGGCACGAACGAGUCUUCUAUUGCAAAAUCAUCGAGCAACUGGGAUUGGAAUAAGCACGAACGUAACGACAUGUUAUAUUGCAGCGAUAGACUGACUGGCAUUCAAGAGAUGCCCUUUGACUCGACUUCUUGGGCGGACAGUAAAAGGCACGGGGUAUCGACAUCAUUCUUCAGCGGCUUCAAUGCCACUCUAGGCAUAGAGAUGAUUCGUCAUGAGCCUGGCAGCAACUCUGACAAGAAUAUUACUACUGUAGUGCGGCAGUGUACCUUUAUACAGUUUGUGCAAAGAGAGUACCUUCGAUACGGCGGUCCUUGCAACAAUCAACCGAGCCCAGCUUCCAACACGACCUUCAACCAGCCGUGGCCCGAAGCUGGCGGCACCAGCCCUCCGAGUGUCCAGUUCGAAAUUUGGGCAACCUUCGGCAUUGUACUUACGGCGGUGUCGAUUAUCGGUGUGGCUGCACUCUACCUCAGAUGGAGGCGUAAGAGACUGCGAAAGCUGAAUCGUGGGCCGGAAAGGCCUGUUCAUGCUGCGGCUGCGGCGAGGUUGGAGCAGCAGGAGCAGUUUGUGCCGGCACCGGAUUACACGACUGCAAAUGGGGGCGUUGCACUGCCGACGUACGAUGAGGCUACGAGGAAGUGA